AAUAGAGUUGCGCCGCUUUCAGGAGUUGGGGGGCGGGGUGCAGAGAACGAAAACGCUCCGUUUUAAUUCAGUGGCCUGGGCUACAUGGGAUAGUUAGGACAGACUAUCUCGCUGAGACAGAAAAGGGAGGAGGCAGUAUGAAAAAAUGUAUUCUCGCUAAAUUCCAGAGUUUCUAAAGGAUGUGUAAGAAACUAGAGGUAAAGGUCUCGCGAUAUCUUAAGACAUCCGGCGUAGUACGCUUCAGUGAGCCACAGCACCAGAGAAGUAGGAGAAGCUCGCGAUAUCUCUGCCGUUGCCGAGGAGACUAGGAGGGGGAGGAGAGGUGAUCUCGCGAAAGGAAAGAGGUCGGAGCGCUCGCGAGAUCUCGGACCACCCAACCUGAAAGGUGCUUAGGAAGUUGAAAGGCCCAGAGGAGGCCUCCGGGCAAAUGGCUGGAGCUGGACCGACCAUGCUGCUACGAGAAGAGAAUGGCUGUUGCAGUCGGCGUCAGAGCAGCUCUAGUGCCGGGGUUAGCACGGGCUCUGGUUCUGGGACUAAGGGGCAGUCAAGCAGCAAGAUGGAGGGGGUGGGGAACUGCAGCUCCCGGCAGCCUCUGGGCUUCGUGUGAGCGCCCCGCGGGCCGCCGGGAGCUGUGGUUCCGCGGGCGGGCAGCCGGGGCUGCGCGGUCUGAGCGCUUGUUACACCCCGCGCAGGAUUCGGACGGAGAGCGCGAGGACUCCGCGGCUGCGCGCGCCCGGCAGCAGCUAGAGGCCCUGCUCAACAAGACUAUGCGCAUUCGCAUGACAGAUGGACGGACGCUGGUCGGCUGCUUCCUCUGCACUGACCGUGACUGCAAUGUCAUCCUGGGUUCGGCGCAGGAGUUCCUCAAGCCGUCGGAUUCCUUCUCUGCCGGGGAGCCCCGUGUGCUGGGCCUGGCCAUGGUACCAGGACACCACAUCGUUUCCAUUGAGGUGCAGAGGGAGAAUCUGACCGGGCCUCCAUAUCUCUGACCACGAUGGCGCAUACCUUUCAGACUUCAUUAAACUUAUGACCGAA